AUGAGCGGUUUGAGUCCUUUGCGGCGAUCCUGCUGCGGCCCCUCCAGAUUGACGCUCCGGUGGCAAGCUAGCUCUAGACGCACCCUGCUCACUGCUCGACACGUGCAACAAGGGACCGCCCCACUGCCUAUACGUUGUAGCAGGUCGGCCCCCAGAGCACCAACCGGCAGCUGCCUAUUCUCGGCUUAUCGGCGCCUCAUAUCGUCGUCAGCCAGGCCGGCAACCCCCAAAGUCCUGAUCAAUGACAUUGCAAGCCAGGAGGUCCUGGUUGAGCUCGAUUCAGGCGAGGCUGCGAGAUAUCCCUCAUUUUGGCUCAGGGACCACUGCCUCUGCGAAACAUGCUCCCAUCCACACACGCAUCAGCGCCAGUUAGAUACCUUCGCACUUGAUCCGUCUACCAAAGCUGCCUCCAUCGCACCAACUUCGGACGGGCUUGAGAUCAUCUGGGCCGAUGGCGACGCUCACCGCUCUCUAUUCCCCUGGUCGUGGCUGAGGGAGCACUCGCCCUUCCCCAGCUCCAAGCUCAAUGCCACUCAGCGUCACCAGGCGACACGGCACUGGACUCCCUUUCUACCCAGCAGUCCACGACCACAAACCUCCUUCGAGACCCUGACCUCUCAAUCCGGCCGUGCCUCCCUCUUCUCCCAGAUUCAAACGCACGGUCUCGCUUUCAUCUCCAACACACCUCCCUCCCCCGAAGCAACCAUCGAGCUACUCAACGCCCUCGGCCCCAUCCGCCACACCCACUACGGCGGCUUCUGGGACUUCACCUCGGUAGCCAACCCCAUUGACACCGCGUACACCAACCUGUCCCUCCCCCUGCAUACCGACACCACCUACUUCAACGACCCCUGCGGCCUCCAGCUCUUCCACCUCCUCUCCCACGGCCCCUCCAGCACCACCCCUCAACCCGCCGACUUCGACGCCACCCUCGGCGGCGAAUCCACCUUCUCCGACGGCUUCGCCGCCGCCGACGCCCUCUACCGCACCGACAAAGCCGCCUACGAACUCCUCUCCACCAUCCCCAUCGUCUUCGCCGCCGAAGGCUCUCCCGCUGGGCCCUUCCGCAACAACGCGCUGCACAUCCAAGGCGGGCCCGUGCUGAACCAUGCGGACCCGUCAAUGCGCCCAAACGCCUUGUCGCCGUCGACCCUCACGCAGGUGCGCUGGAACAAUUGCGAUCGCUCUCCCCUGACGGUCUUCCCCAGCCACUCGGUCAUGCUGGGCUGGUACCGCGCCGCCAAGCUGUGGAAGGAGAUCUUGGAGAGCGGCGAGUUUGAGGUGCAGGUCAAGCUCAGGCCGGGCGAGCCGGUGGUGUUUGAUAACUGGAGAGUGCUGCAUGGUCGGAAGGCGUUUGAGGGGAAGAGGCGCAUGUGUGGCGCGUACACUGCGAUGGAUGACUUCAGGGCUGGAGCGCAGGCUUUGGGUGUUGUCUGA